GAUGGUAAAGAGAAUGGAUGGAUGAGAAAGUGUGGGAUUUGUGAAGUGAGGGGCGAGCUGGGUGAGUAACGCACUGCAAACACAAUGAAGCCGCUGGGUGCAGCACACAAAUAGGUCCGGUUCCUGUUGUUUCGCAGGUUUGGUCUUCCUCGUUUCCCCUUCGUCAUAUCAUCACCUACACAUAAACCACAUGGAGUUAAAGUGGCCUUUGUGCCGGUGUCCAGCUCUCACUUAAGGUACCAGGUCCAUCACUUUGGGCGAGUGAGAGUGAGCAAGGUCAGGCAGACUGAUCCCAUUUAUUCUUUAAUUUGCUGAGGCAUUAAAUUGCAUGAUGUGACUUUGCUGCAGUUUGAUAAUUAGCAGCACAUGUUUCUAAUUUCGAGCUACUCAGAGACACUACUGACCCAAGUCCUCCCCCUUUAUCUGCUUUUCUAGCACCAGCGGAGUCUAUGGCUAGUGAGUGUCUGUUUGCCAUAGCCCCUCUGGCAUUUCUAUGUGGAUAAUAUACUGUCACAUUAUAUGACAUUACUAUGGCGAUUAAUAAUGGUCUAAAGUACAGUUGUUUCCAGGCUGCAGUGUAGAAAAGGCUCUCGUUCAGUGUCUGUGAGCCUCGCUGGCACCUGUAAUGUAAGGCACUCAUUACCUUCAAUGAUGCAUUACAGCUUCCUAAUGACGGAGCCUCAGUAAUGGACCUAACUAAUGAUCAGACUUAAGAAAGAACAUAUUCUAAUAGCUGAAGCAGAACUGGAGGGGAAGUCAGGGUGUCAGAGGGAGGGAAGGAUUGGAGCAGGAAGAAGCCAAAGUGUUGGCGCUCGCACUGUAAAUACAGUCAAUUUCACUCUGUGCUUAAGACUCUCGCCUUGUUAGUUCAGUGUUUUUGCUUCAGUGAUGAUUAACUUUAGGUUUUAUCAAAUAGUUGACUAUUUAUAAAUGUGAAGUAAGUGUGCCUUACACCAUGUGAGGCCUAAUGAAAACACUCACGAUCAUGCGAAAUCAAGCUUUUGCUGCGAACAUCAGUAGAUGCGAAGCCAAGAAGCUGUCGAAGCAGAUUUCUACCAAGAUUUGUUUUGCUCUAUAGGCCGUAAACCCUUGAUUUUACAAAUAUCCCAUUUUCAGAGAGACGACAGCUUUGAUUUCAAACAGCUCAGCACAGGCUCAGAGAUUUGUUGUUUGCUUACAACGUGGCAGACGCAGCUCCUUCACUUUUACAAUAUGCGCUAACUUAUCAUUUAUAUUCAGAGUUUGUUUGUUUCUGUGUUCACUCGUCUCAUCCACAACCUGUGUUUGGACCAGAAAUAACUGUGAUGUUCAGGGCUGCAACCUUUUAGUCCAUUAGGUGACUAAUUAGACGUUAAAGUAAAUCACUGCUAACUUGGUUAAUUUCAGCUCAACACUCAUGUGGACAGUAAAAUCAUGAAACCAUUCACAAAUAAGCUACAGUUUAUAGAACAAGAACAACAAUAAUUUUUAUUUACUAUUUUAACCAGAACCAGGGAAAUCAUUAUGUUGACAGCUUAUUUCUGCUGUGAUGUUGUACAAUGCAUCUAAUGAAAGGAUUAAUGUGAUGCUGUGUGUUCAACUACCUCUGGUGCAGGACAGAAUUUACCAUAAAUAUUAGUGUUCAGUAAUGUUAGCUUCAUCUGAUGCUGUGUCUUCAGUCUAAAAAUGAAAUACAUUUUUUUAAUCUCUGCUAAGUUCUGUAUUUGUAGAGCAGCUGCUGCAACAUAUUUAAUGACUUGAAAAAGUAUCUUUCAAUCUGUAGCUUUUCAAAUGGGAUUUUUAAUGUGCAAGUUGAAAAGUAUGAGAAUAAACACAUUUCUUUAACUUGCUCAUUCGUUCACUCUGACCACGUGCCUUUUAAUAAAUGAUCUAAGGAUCCUAAACAUAGAUCGUCCCCUGUUCACAGGGUCAACUAUUACCAGCAGACGUAAUGAAACGUUCAGACUCUAAACACUGUUGCGCUAAUGAACCUAUUGUGACUUUUCAAUUCUAUUUUAAUAAAUCCGGCGAACACACACGCGCACUCAUUUGCCGCCAGCGCGCCGCGCGCCGUGACACGCGCCUCUUCCUUCUCAUUAAGGAAAUCGCUCUUCUUUGCUGAUUAUUUUAUUUGAAGCCGUGAUUAGCGCUCCGUGCACCAGAUCACGCGGCGCGUCGGCCCAAGCUGAGGGCAGCGGGCCUAAUUGGGGCGUGAGAUGCGCAGGUUGGUGCAGGCGAGCUGCGUGGCCGAAGAGGGAAGCCUCUAAUGGGGUUGUCUGCCUGCGGCUCCCCGCUUAUUGGUCUGCUUCUUAUUCCUGCGACUGUCCCCAUACACACGCACAAAACUACAGCGUGAUUUGCUGGAGAGCCAUUUCUGCAGAUGGAAAAUCGAUUGUCCUUUUAGAUUUCUAUAAGCGAGCGAAUGCAGAUGCACGAGGCCUGAACACACGGAGCAGCCGCCUCUCCCGCCGCUCCACGUUGAAAUUGGGUUGUGAUGUAAAGGAUCUGCCUUUUGUUACUCGUAUUCUUCUCACCUGUUCUGCAAAAGCCCAUAUGAGCAAUGGAUUUUACGCAAUUUGAUUGCUAAAAAACCGCGGAGAGGGUGGACACGGAAUUCUUGAUCUUUGAAAUUGCUCUACAAAAUUGCAUUUGUUUUUGGUGCGCUUCCAUUAAAAGUGUCUCCUCGCGUGUAAACAGCCGUUCCGCACUCAGAUGCGCCGCAUUAACUCGGGAGGAUUGUGUGUGAGUGUGUUUUUACUGGGGAAGAUUGAUGUGGUCCAGUUAGGGAGGCUGAGUGAGACAUAGACCCAUUUCAAGUGGGUUCCUCUCUUACAGCAAUAAGUUACAGCCAGCGGACAGCUGAGGGGAGAUCUGGCAUCCGAGCUGCUCUCACUGCAACAAACCACAAUAUCAAUAUUUAUCACGUAGCUCUGCAGAUAAAUAGGCUGUCAAAAUAACGACGACCUUUGAUUUUACACGUGUCAUAUUAUUUUGAAUUUGAUCUUAAAUGUCCAUUAAUAAAAUAAUAUAGACCUAUAACAGGUAUGCAGACAGCUUAAAAUGCUCUAUAAAUAAAAGCGAUAAUUAUUACUAAAAACCGUAAUUAUUAUUUUUAAUAUUACUAUUGUCUAUUUUAUAUAGAAUGCAGGUAAUGACUCAAUGCUAGUGGCUGUAGAAUGUUUUUUAAAUCACACCUUCUUAAAUGAUCAAUUAAAUAAUUCCGCAUGACAGCACAAACUUUAUUAGUCAUUAACUAUCGGACAUUAUAUGAAUGAAUGUACAUUUCGCCCAACAAAUAUAACCAUUUCAGCAAAACAAACUGUUUCUAACCUAACUGCAUUAUUACAUCGAUUUUUAUGCACACGUAUUGGAAAUCAAACAUCUUCCAGAGCAUACAGACCGUCUCUCCUGACUCAAGCAUUGGCCUUACAACUCCCAACACAAAGUCCCUCUCCUCUGGCUGCACGCUUCAAUAACACGAAGUGAGGAUCUGCUGCUGCUGCUGAUGAUUGCUUCUCCCGAACCUUCGGGAUCUGGCCGCAGCUUUCCUCGUCUCAGUGGACCGUGCCCCGGUGUUAUUUCCUUAAGUUUUCACGCUGUGCCACGUACGGGCUACUUCCCUGCGUCUCGGCAGAUUGCAGUUGAGGAGCAUAAAAGAUGAGCUGCCUCCAUGCGGCGCAGGACGAGCGAGGAGUCCUCGCUCGGACGCCUCCUUUGUGCGCCGGCAAAGAAACCCAUUUAGUCCCAGACGGCGGUCUAUUCAGCAGACUUACGCUGACAUCUGCCCAAAGCCCUCGCUAACCAACACUGUCUGCAGUGGUAGGAGUGGGGCGCAGAUCAAUGGCUGUCCUGUUAAUUGUAUAAUAGACCUACUCAUGGAGCGCUGCUAUCGUUUAGGGGGCACCGCGUCUGAUUUUGUUUGAACCAAACGGGCCUAAAUGCCUUUAAUUGAGCCUACGCUGAUGAAAAGUCGAUGGGAGUUAAAGCGACCGAUCACUAACAAUCUUAAAACCAUCUGUACUCGUUUAUUUAUUUAUUUCCUCGAUUUGUCUCAACAAAUCACAUGCCAUGGGGGAAUGGGAGAGGUAUUUGUUAUGUUUGUGAUCCAAGGACGGGGAAGUGGGUCUCUGAGGUGCAGAAAGAGGCCUGGCUGCGUCUCACCUCCUGAAUGCUGCCUAGUUUUUCAUUCUGUUACCAAUGUCCAAACUGUGAUCUAUAAACUGCAUCUUCUAUAGUCAGCGCUCAAACCCACAACGUGUAUAAUAUGUGUAACACUGCACCUGGUGCAACACUCUAAAUAAUAGAUUCUCAAUUUGUUAAAAUCGUAUGAUUUGGCGAAUAAAUAAAUCAAUUUUAAACGAGCCUUUGCACGAGCUCUGCUCCAAUAUUUUGCACGUGUAUUUGUCUGCAAACAGAUAUACGUGUCAUGGUAGAAGCUAUAUGAGAUUAAACAAACACAUUAAGAUGUUUAACGUGGAAUAAUUUGCGCAUGAAAAGCUAAUAAAUCAGAGGACGGAAUGGCAGAGGAUUGAAUUGAAUUGUAGUGUUCCUGCGCGCGCGGGUCUGUGCGCGCGCGUGCUCGCCCGCCUGCGUGCGUCUAUGCGAGUGAAAAAAAAGGAAGAGGGGGGGAGUCACGUCGCUGACAUUUCCAAGCUCUCGCUCUGAUUGGUUCUUAUUUGAGGAAGCUCACGGGUUCUUUCAACUAAUAAGCGCCUCCCCGUCGCUCUAAAGGACAUUAUAAUGCAAGGGACCUGCUUUUUAACCACAAAGCGAAUUUUCGUUCAUUUAGACCAUGUAUACUUUUUAAAUUGCCCCAAAGUUGUAGGACUUUUUUGGAGCGCCUUUCGCCCUGGAGCGGUACGCGAUGCUCUCUCACGCCGACCUCCUGGAUGCUCGGCUCGGUGAGUUAUCAUCACUAAACUCCGGCCCUAAACUCCAGUGGAUGAAGGAUGCUGCAGAGUUACUAGGACAUCGGGAGGCUCUUAAGUGCAGGCUGGGAGGUGGGGUUCCAGACCAGGGGCAUCCGGGAGACAUGGCCCCUGGAUCUGACUCUGUAGAGGGAACCACGCUUCUGCCGGGAGAAGACAUCACCACCGUGGGAUCCAACUCUGCCGGCAUGCAGGUUAACGGGAAGGAGCAGGAGAAGCAGCAGCAGCAGCAGCAGCAGCAGCCGCAGCAGAGCUCCGGGCAGCCGCCGAGCCAGCAGAAGCAGAAGCGGCACAGGACGCGUUUCACCCCGGCGCAACUCAACGAGCUGGAGCGCAGCUUCGCGAAAACCCAUUACCCUGACAUCUUCAUGAGGGAAGAGCUGGCGCUGAGGAUCGGCCUCACCGAGUCCCGAGUUCAGGUCUGGUUCCAAAACAGACGCGCAAAGUGGAAAAAGAGGAAGAAGACGACCAAUGUUUUCCGCGCCCCGGGGACGCUGCUGCCGACGCCGGGCCUGCCCCAGUUCUCUGCCGCGGCCGCAAUGGAGAACAGCCUGUGCUCCUUCCACGCCAAUGAUUCUCGCUGGGCCACGGGAAUGCCGGGGGUCUCGCAGCUGCAGCUCCCACCGGCCCUGGGUCGCCAGCCCGGCAUGGCGCAGUCCCUGUCACAGUGCAGCCUGGGUCCGGGCCCGCCGCCCAAUUCCAUGGGGCUCUCGAACGGGCUGUCCUCCAACGGCUCCGGCCUGCAGUCCCACCUCUACCAGACGCCUUUCCCCGGAAUGUCGGCCUCUCUCUCCGGCCCCACGAACGUAUCGGGCUCCCCUCAGCUGUGUAGCUCCCCGGACAGUGACAUGUGGAGAGGGACAAGCAUCGCGUCACUGCGGCGCAAAGCGCUGGAGCACACAGUGUCCAUGAGUUUCACCUAGUGACUUUACCAAACACACCUCACCACGUCCUUCUCCUCCAACACCCCAACCCCCCACCCCCACCACCUCCUCUAGCCCCACUGCGCGGCUCCUUUUCGGUUUUUACUUUCGCUAUUUAGAUCAAAAUCAGAGAACGAAAGAGAAAAUCUGGCCAGAAAAUGUGCAAAAAAAAGUGGAGACAGUGUGUGACUUCAUCUAGACAUAAUGACGAAAGGAAAGGGACAACACUGAUGGACACAUGGAAGUAAAAUCUUGGGUACGGGGUUAUUUAUCUUUAUUCAGAGGGAUUUUAUCAACUAUUGAUGAUAAACACUAUUGUAAUGAUCACUAGACUUUAGGCCCCAAUUACACGGAGCCGAACAAUCGUCGUAUUUACGUUUUCAUUGAGUGUGUCUUUGCGCACACGUGUUAUUGUGUUCAGGUGAAGUUGUGUUACGUCAAACGGUUCUUUAUGAGAUUGGAUACACGUCUUGGUAACAGCCCACCGCACACGCGCACCACACUGUAGGCGGGCCUGUUGAACUGGGUCUCUGCACUGUGCAUGUGGAUGAAAACGCUUGAUCAGUUUAGGGAGAAAACGGUGCCCACUCAGAUUGAACAGGUUCGCUUGUCUCUCCUGCGUGAGACUGGAGCAUAAAUCUGAAGAGUGAAAAAAAUGCGAUGACCUUUCAGUAUCUGCUCUGUUUUAGGAUGUUUUGUGUAGAGAAAACAUUCUUGCUAUGUACCCGCUGGUCUUUUUUGUGACAUGUUUUAACUUAUUGUAUGUGCUAUUACUUGAGGCAUUUCUUAAAUGUUUGAUCUUACACCGAGAUGCACCACAUUGACGGGUUUGUACCAGUUUAAAAUGAACAAACAAAUAAAAGUAAUUUUCAAUAAUGUCAAA